AUGAUUAAUAAUACUUAUUAUGGAUCUAUUUAUAAAAAUGCCUUUGGAAUUCAGACUCAUAAAUUUAAAAUUUCAAAUUAUUAUCCAAAUUAGGGAUCUUAUUUAACAUAUUCCUCAAGGACAGAUUACGAUUUAAUUAUAUAUGUUGACAUUCCUAAAUAUCCAUUUAUAUUUUCAGCAAAAGGGAAUUAUACGUAAUUAUUCAUUUAUUAAUAAUAGUGAUGGCACAGCAGGUUGGGGAAUAUCUGAAAUUUAAAUUACUUCAGGAUAUUGUUCUUAAUAUUGUUUAUAGUGUGAUGUAUCGUUUAAAUGUAUUAAUUGUCAAAGUGGAUACUUCAUUUAUCAAGAUGGUAGUUGUAUUAGCUAUUGCUCAGCUCCAUAUUAAAAAUUAGAUGGCAUUUAAUGUUAUGAUUACGAUAAUGAAACACCUUGUAUCUUAUAUUAUUAUAUUUAGACUCUAAAUAUUUGAUAUAAGAAUAUAUAAAUGAUGCCACCUCCCCUGAAUAUUAUGGAUAAUAUACUUUAAUUUCUCAAAGUGGAAUAAACUUUUUAAAAGGAUCAGAUAUCUAUUAUUCAUAUUUUGGAGGAAUUACAGUUUUUGGAGGUCCUUUUGUAUGGGCUUAAGCUAAAUUCUAAAGAAUUCAUAAUAUUUAAUCUCCACAUCACAGUGUCUCUAUUGCAUUUUAUAUACUUUUUGGACCAUCAUUCCCUACAGAUGGUAGAUUUAUAUAUAAUAUUGAAAAUAAUCCAGUUGAGUCUAAAUUAAGUACUAGUAGUAGUCAUGGUUCUUAUUCUGAUGGUUCAAAAUACAUUAAGGUAUAUGAAAAAAUCAUUCAUUCUGCAAAUACAUUAACAAUCACUUGGGAAUGUUUUGGUUCAAAUAAUGAACCAGUUAAGGCUUAUUGUGGAUUCUACAAUUAUUAUAUUGUUGUUCACAAUUGCUAGCCUUAUUGUUAGUCAUGUUUAAAUUAUUAUUCAUGUGAUUCAUGGAACUAUUAUGAUUCUACCAUUAUUUCAUUAUCUUAAACACAAUGUUCAAACAAUUAAUAUUAUGAUAAAUACUUAGUAAGAUGUUUAGAUUGUCCAGCAUCUUGCUAAACAUGUACAUCAAAAAUAGAUUGUUAAACAUGCAAAUCAACUUAUACUUAACCUAAAUUAGGAUGUAUAUGUACAAUGAAACAAUAUGAAGAUUCCAAUCAAUGUUUUAAUUGUCCAAUAGAAUGUAAUUAAUGUUUAAGCCCUACUUAUUGCAUAGAAUGUUUGUAUAGUAAUAAUAGACAAUUAAUAAAUGGGAAAUGCGAUUGUAUUGAUGGAUAUUAUCCAAUUAUGUCGAAUCCUUAAUGUAAGUAAUGUCAUUAUUUGUGUAAAACUUGUAUUGGACCUUCUUCUGAUGAGUGUUUAAGUUGCAAUAAUAUUGGAAAUAUUCAACAAGUAGGAUCAACAUGUAGUUGUCCAAUCGGUUAAGCUUAUUAAGAUAAAAUAAAAGCCUGUUCUUCUUGUCAUUCAUCAUGCUUAGCUUGUUUUAGAACAACAAUUGAUGGUUGUUUAACUUGUGAACAUACAUUAAAUAGAAUAUUAGAAGGGUUACGAUGUAUAUGUGCACCUGGUUUUUAUGAAUCAAGUAAUAUUUGUACAAGUAUACAUAAUAAUGAUAAUUAUAGAUUGUCCAAAUACAGAAGAUUCAUCCCUAAGUCAGUGUUAUAAAUAAUGUAAUAAUAAUUAAUAAAUUUGGCAUACUAUUACUUGUAAUUCUUGUGAUAUUGGAUUUUAAUUAGUAUCUGGAGAAUGUCAACCUAUUUGUGGAGAUACACAAAUAAAAGGAUAUGAAUAAUGUGAAGAUAAUAAUACAAUCUUUAAUGACUUAUGUUAUAAUUGUUAAUUUUAAUGUCCAGCUCAUUGUAUAACUUGUAAUUAAUUUACUGUAUUACCUUGUCCAGAUACUUGUGGAGAUGAAAUAAUUAGUGGAAUUGAAGAAUGUGAAGAUGGAAAUACAAUUUAAUAUGAUGGAUGCUAUAAUUGUUAAUAUUAAUGUUAACCUUAAUGCACAAAGUGUAUAAAAGGAUAAUGUAUUGAAUGUUUAACUGGUGGUUGGCAUAUUGAUAUAACAGUUACUCCUUGGUAAUGUAAAGAAGUAUGUGGAGAUGGCAUGAUAGUGGGAAGUGAAUAAUGCGAAGAUUUUUUUUCAUUACCAUAUAAAGGCUGUUAAAAUUGCAAACCAAGAUGUCAAAAUUCUUGCUUUAUUUGCGAUACUACUGGACUUGGUUGUCUAUCAUGUAAAUUUGGAUACAAUAGAAUUAAUUAUACUUGUUAUUCAGUUUGUGGUGAUAAAAUAUUAACUGAAGAAGAAUAAUGCGAUGAUGGUAAUUUAAUAAUAGGAGAUGGAUGUCAUUUCUGUUAAUUUAGUUGUUAAGAUUCCUGUCUUAAUUGUAUUUAAGGAGAUUGUUAUGAAUGUUAAGAAGGUUAUGAAUUUGAAAAAUUUGAAUUAAGGUGCAAUUUAAUAGUAUCAACUUUGAGUUUUUGUCAAUAUUAACUUAAAUUAUUUCCAGAUUUAUAUUGCAGUUAUUGUUUUGAGUAUUGUGAAAUUUGCAAUGAAAACAAAUGUAUAAUUUGUUAAAAUGGCUAUUAUUUAGAUAUUAAUUUUUCUUGUAUUUCAAAUUAUGGGGAUGGAAUAGUUGUAAAAAAUGAGGAAUGUGAAAAAAUCAAUGUUAUAAUAGAAUAUGAAUAUUAAGAAUGUUUAUUUAAAUGUUAGAGAGAAUGCUUAAAUUGUAUAGAUGGAGUGUGUUUUGCAUGUGAAGAAAUAGGAUGGGAGAUUGAUAUAAUUUCUAGAGGGUGCAAACCUAUUUGUGGAGAUGGUUUAGUUGUUGGAAAAGAGUAAUGCGAUGAUGCCAAUGAAAUUGACGAAGAUGGAUGUAGUUAAUGCUAAUAUCUAUGUUAACAAUAAUGUACAAAAUGCUAUUUAGAAUUUUGUUUAGAAUGCAACUUUUAAGGUUGGUAUUUAUAUGAAAAUAUUUGCAUAACUAAUUGUGGAGAUGGUAUUAUAGUAGGAGAUGAAUAAUGUGAUGAUCAAAAUACAAUUCAAUAUGAUGGUUGCUUUGAUUGCAAAUUAGAAUGUUAACCUUCAUGCACAGAUUGUCGAUAUGGAAUAUGUUAUGAAUGUGGAAUUUAGGGUUGGGAAAUAAAGAAUUAAUUCUGUUUACCAAUUUGUGGUGAUGGAGUAAUUAUAGAAGAUUUAGAAGAAUGUGAUGAUGGAAAUAUUAUUCCAUUUGAUGGAUGCUAUGAAUGUUUAUAUGAAUGCUAAAUUGGAUGUCUUGAGUGCUAAUAAAAUUAAUGUCUUAAAUGUUUUGAUGAUUUAUAUGAAUUGGAUGUCAAAUCAUCAUAAUGUGUUUAAGUAAAUUUGAAUAUCAACAAUUAAGAUACUAAUUAGAUAAAUUUAGAUAUAAUACAAUAUAUAAAUUUAAGAUGUGGAGAAGAUAAGUAACUAGUUGAUAAUAAAUGUGUAAGUUUAUGUGGAAAUGGAUUAGUUGAUGGCAAAAAUGAAGAAUGUGAUGAUGGAAAUUUAAAUGGAGGUGAUGGAUGUUCUUCUUUUUGUCAUGUAGAAGAUUCAUAUUAAUGUGUAAAUUAAAAUGGUUCAUUCAGUUUAUGUACAUUUAUUUUGGCUCCAGAAUUUAAUUUGAAAAUACUUUCUGAUAUAUCUAAUCCAAUUCAAAUUGUAGAAUUAACUUUUAGUUAAUAAGUUAAAGCUCUGGCAGAAUUACCACUAGAAGAAAUUAUGGUGUUUGUUAUUACUCCUCAAACUAAACAUGAAUUAAUACUAAGAGUCUUUUCUAAUAUAACUAUUAAUCUAAGCAACCCUAAAUAUUAGGUGCAAAUUGAAUUUUUUGAAUCUGUAUCAAACCCUGUUCUCGAAGUUUAUACUGAUAAAACUAUGAUAUUUAACUCGUUUGAGUAAAGUUUAGAUAUAAUAGAAAAAUAAAUUAAUCUCGGAACACCUUAUGUACUACCAGAAUCUACAAAACAACAAUUAACUUCCAUUGUUUAAUUAAACGAUGUCAUGAUGUAUUCUAUGGCAAGUAUAUCUAGUUUAGCUUUGUUAACAGGAAGCACAAUUAUGUUUUUCAAUUUAUUAGAUUUAUUAUAAUCCUUAUCUUAUAUGAAGUUUAUGCAAUACUAAUUUCCUCCUCAUUUAACAAUAUUUUUGAAUACAUACACCAAAGUCUCCUUAUAACCAAUUUUCGAUUAUUUUGAAACAGAUUAGUAUUUGAGAAAGUUAAAAGGUGAGAGUACAUCAAAUUAAGUUAAUCAAAAUAAAGAUCCUCAAAAUACUUUUAACCAACAUUAUUUAUUCAAUGCAAAAAGUUGCUAUUUCUCUAUUAUAGCUUCACUUUUAACUUACAUCAUUUAUUGUCUUUUAGUUUCUUAAAGAGUAGAAAGACUAUUUUUCAAGCUCUCCAAAAAAUUCCGAAUUAAAUUGAUAAUAUAACUUGUUCUAUUGUUUUAAAAAUAAAUCUAAAUGAAGUGUUUAAUAUUAAAAAUUGAAUAUUUUUCUCUUGGAAUUUUUAAGGUAUACUAAGCCAUUUUACAUUAAUUUAUGUUCAGCGUUUUGGUAUAAUUUCCAAAUUACAAAUUUGAUACUCCAUUUGAAAUUUUCAACAGCAUUAAUGCUAUUUUAGGAUUAUUAUUUAUUGUUAUAGCUAAUAUUCCCUUACUAUCAAUUACUUCAUCAAAAAUCAAAAAUUUAAGGAAAUGGAAGUACUUUUAUCAUGAAUCUAAACCACACUUUUGGGCUCUUCAAUUUAGACCAUUUUUAAUUUACAGAAUUUUAUUCUAUAUAUUAAUCAUUGUAAAAUUAAUUGAUUACCCUGAAGCAUAAUCAAUUUUACUUUCUAUGCAAUCAUUUUUUUUUUUAAUUUACUUAAUCAAAUUUAAACCAUAGAAAUGUGUGUUUGAAAUGAUAAAAUUAAUGUGUAGAGAGUUUUUAUUAAUAAUAAUAACAGGGUCAUUUUUAAUUUAUAGUUUUGAAUUUAGUUAAGAGUAUUUCCUAAUUUUUGGUUGGAUUCAUAUUGGUUUGUUUUGCAUUAUUUUGGUGAUCAAUUUACUUUUAGAUGUGCUUUAAUAAAUUCUCAAAACAUAUGAUCGUUAUUGUUAAAAGAAGAAAAAGUAAAGGAGAAAAGAAAUGAUGAAGAAAUUUUAUCUCUAUCAAUUAUGA